CGCAGCGAUACCAUGACGUAUCGACCGAGCGCGCCACGCAGACUGACGUCAUGAUCACGGUCUCAGGCAGACCGCGAGCACGUGAACAGCACGCUGCUGAUCACGCGGUCGUUGGCUGAUAAUGCUCUUCCAAUUGGUUGAAUACGGCGAGCCCCUCCAUACGAUUGGUCGAAGUGAAGCGCGCCGCAUGAUCACACACACAACCAGCACAGCGUGUCGGCCUAACCGACCUGAGAAAGCUUCAUUGCUUUACCAGACGUUCAACGGUUACGUCCCUUAGCCUUUUUUCGCUCGAAAUACCGUGUACGUGAGACUGCGUUUUCUCGUCAACGGACGAGCCUCUUUAACGUAAUAUAUACCCGUGUCACAUUUUUUCUAAAAAAAUGGAUAUUAAUCAAACGCCUCUUUCACCACCAGCCUCACCCCAAUUCAAACACAUUGAACCACUUCAAUCUUCAUUUAGCGUUGCUGCACUUUUGGGAGACAAACUUUUACAGAAAACGAAGGCUACUCAUAUAAAUGUAAAGAAAAACGACGACGGAACUGCGCGGCCUGGUUUACCACCAACUCCACAACCAUCUGAUUCGGAAGAAGAUGAACCUCUUCGAAAAAAGCGAUGCAUAGAGCAGUGUGAAUUAGCAAAGUUGCUCUUAGACGGUACACCACCGCCAAGUCCAGAACCAACCCGUGUAUCGGUGAUAAUGCGUGCCAAUCGAGAUGGUACCUACAGUCCUGCCAACUUGAUACCAAAGACUACCACAAUGUGCUCACAAGCGAUUUCACAUGAUCCACAACGGAUCUCCAGUUUACAAUCUGAACCAAUCACGCGACAGAGUACAGCGGAACCGGAGAACAUAUUGAAGAGCCUCAAAUUCAAAAUGAGCCUACGGAAAGAAGAAAUUAUUGUAAAUAAUAAAAAUACGGAUCGUGAGACCGCUCAACCGAAGUUACAUCCUCUAGCACCGAAACCUGCUCCGAUUAUGGUAACCGGGCUGUUAGGAUCUCCAUUGGUUCUUCCACGAGCUCCUCUUUUAUUAGUUACACGACGUCGUGUUUAUGAAUGUGAGCAUCCAGGUUGUGGUAAAAAUUAUUUUAAGUCGUCCCAUUUAAAAGCCCAUACGCGAACCCAUACGGGAGAACGACCUUUUUCUUGCCCCUAUGAAGAGUGUAGCAGACGAUUUUCAAGGAGCGAUGAACUUUCACGACAUAAACGAACGCAUACUGGCGAAAAAAAAUUUGCCUGUACUGUCUGUGAGAGAAGAUUUAUGAGAAGUGAUCAUUUGGCGAAACACGUUAAACGACAUACUAGAGAUAGAUCUUCCGUUGGCGUCACCGGUGCUCAAGCUUCCAUCACGCAAAUGACAUCUACACCUUUAAGAGUAAGCUUACUUCCAGUUAUAGCACCACGAAUAACACAGUCGACUCAACAAAUAAUUGCUCCGCAAUUAACAGUUUAAACGAUAUGAAAACGGUGAC